AUGUAUGUCCCGUUAGAAUGCAGCAGUGCUGCCCCUUCUCCAGGGAAAGAGUGGGAGGAGUACGUCCAGAUACGAGGCUUGGUGGAGAAGAUCAGGAAGAAACAGAAAGGUAUGCACACACACCAGGGUUUCCUUUAGCCGGCUUUUGGCCAAGAAAUAAGUAAAUGAAAAGUGGGAUUUCCCCUGCAGCUCGCCAGCUGCUGUUGGAGUAAAACAAUGGCUUUUAUAAGCCCGUCCAUUGCACAACAAUUCCAAAUGCAAUCGUCUGUUAAAAACAGUUUUGGUGUACGAUUUAAAGAGGACUAAUAUUUUUAUUUCUCAACUAGUAAUUGAAGCGCACCUCCCAUUCACCAUUCAUGUGGUUCAUUUUGAAAACAUGCUUAAUUGUUUGAAACCUGCAUUUUUUUUAUUUCAUAUUAUGAGGCAAGUAUUUAAAGACUUCAUAAGCGGCAUGUGAGUUUAAAGUUUGGGGAAGCUUACAAUUUAUCUUACCAUUUCUACCGUUCUGCGGGCCAGUUAUGAUUUUCAUAUGCACAUUUUCGUGGAAUAGUUUCAUUUCAAUACUAAAAUUUCUGUUGAUCAAAAUCAUUGUCAUGUGGUUAAUCAUAAAAAUCAGAAUUAAAAUAAUACAUCUAAAAGUUUAAAAGUCAACUAAUGCGAGAUCACCAACCUGAACCAACAGUGAUCCAUUGUUGGCUAAAAUGAGCGCAUGAAACUCAUAGCCCUAGGCCAAUGCAACAGUAGGCCUAUAACUUCCAUUGCUCUUUCACGCUGAGGAUUGGUGAUUUAUCGAAAUUGUUGGAAAGAUUUUUCAAAUAGCUUGCUGUGAGGAACUGCAGUUUUAAUAUAUUCUCAAUGGAUGUUAAAAAGACGCUCUGCUACUUUUCCGUGCAGCCGACCAGGUACUUCUAUGCAUGCUCAUGUUCACGCUCACUCCAACAUUAUCAGGACAGAGAAACCAGAUACGUGCUCAUUGCUCACAUGGAGCACUCCAAACAAAAGACAAUGAAAAAAUUGACAAAGCUUGUAAAUGUUUGUUGUGAAAUAAACCAAAACGUGUUUCUUAUAAGUGUAGCAGGUUGGGAACUCUCCGAGAAUGAGAACGGUAAAUGACUGGCAAACAAUUCACACAAUGAAACAAUGAAUGAACAAGAAUUGGUGGGAGACAGCUGAGCCAUUCUAGAGAGAGAAUCCCCUAUAUCUUCACCACACACCCCUCCCCUUCUUGUCUCAACAUUUUAAAUUUAUACUCAAGACACAUUAUCUUCACACAUAUUAAAUGCUUUUCACUGACAGCCGCAACUCGAUAAUCAGCUAGGCCUAUUGCCACACGCGCUGCCCAAAUUGCAGGCUUCCCAAAUAGGUAUAGGCCUAUGAGCUUGUGUUUUGAAACAAUCCACAGCAAAAAAUAUAAAGACGCUAAUGAUCCCCGAUUCCUCUGUGGCUAAGUCAUGCUUUCUGGUGAAGUAUUUUGAAUAAUUGUAUUUCUUUAUAGACGGUAGUGGUUAUAUCAUUUUUACAUUUAUUUCCAUUUACUUCCCUAUUGGACCCACCACUAUGCCAUUUCUCUCCUGUUCUACUGGUUUUCAUAUCAACUUUAUUUCAUUGUCCAAAAGCCAAACGCACAAUCCUAGUCAUAUUAGCAACCCAUCCUAGUUGUUGCAUCUUUAGAUUCCCCCUCUUUCUACGUUUCUAACAGAGAUUUUCAUCUCUGUCACAUAUGGAACCGCUAUAAGGUGCGCUGUUUAGAAUGUUUUUUUCCCAGGUGUGCUGUUUAGAAUAGUUUUUUCCCCUGCAAAUAGCAUUUUGGCAAAUUUUAGAAAAUUAAGUUUUAUUGGCUGCUUCAUUACAUGAGUUGCAUGUUCUUUAAGAUGCAUUACUAUAAUCUAAAUGUUAUUUCUGUCAUUCUGAGCUCCGUGGGUGGAUGCCCUAAUGGGUUAUGCACCCAAUGCAUAUGGGUCUGGUACAUUUCUCAAAUGGCCGGUAAAUUAAAAUCUUCCCGUUACGUUGUCCGGUGCCACAUUUUCCUAACGGAAACCCUGACACACACACACACACACACACACACACACACACACACACACACACACACACAAUGUAGUCAAAUGUAGUACUACUACUACUACACAGGCAUACACACACACACACACACACACAGCUGGAUUUGAGCCAUGGCCUAUAUAGAUUCAAUAGGAAGAACUCUCCGUUUGAUCAUAACUGUGUGUGUGUUUCUCCGUCUCUUUCCCAGGUAUCUCAGUGAUAUUUGAGGGCAGCAGAGAGGAGUUCUUCCCGAAGCUGAUGGCGUGGGCUCAGGAGAGUGGAGCGUCCUGCGAGGGUUUUGAGAUCGCUAACUUCGCCGGCGAGGGCUUCGGCCUCAGGGCCACCAAGGACAUCAAGGUUGGUCGCUACGACCGGACCGGUGUCCAUGGCAACAGUUGUCAGGGUGACAUAUCACUUGGGUCUUGUUCAUUAGUGCACACUGUAG